AUGGCCGCUAAGUUCUUCGUCAUCCUGUCCCUGGCCGUGGCGGCGUCGGCUGUGCCGCUCGUGCCGGUAGCCAAGCUGGCGUACGCGGAGCCCUCAGCGCCUGCGCACUACGAGUUCCAGUACUCCGUGCACGACGACCACACUGGCGAUGUCAAGCAGCAGCAGGAGGCGCGCGCCGGCGACGCCGUCCACGGGUCCUACUCGCUCGUGCAGCCUGAUGGCGUGCUCCGCGUGGUCGACUACACAGCUGAUAAGGAGCACGGAUUCAACGCCAUCGUUCGUUACGAGGGACACCCCGCCCCCGCCCCCACCAAAGUUCUCGCUCCCGUCGCUUACGCCGCUCCUGUCGCCAAGGUCGCCUACGCCGCUCCCGUGGCCAAGGUCGCCUACGCCGCUCCCGUCGCCAAGGUCGCCUACGCCGCUCCCGUCGCCAAGGUCGCCUACGCUGCUCCCGUCGCCAAACUGGCCUACGCCGCCCCUGUUGCCAAGUUGGCCUACGCCGCCGCUCCCGUCGCCAAGGUGGCCUACGCCGCUCCCCUCGGCCACGUCACCUUCUCCUCCCCCGCCGUCUCCUACCACCACUAA